CCAAGAUACAGAUUUGUCCUCGUUGUGAAACAUCCACUCUACUGUCUCUAUCUGAGACACUAAGCACAAAAGCACUGGUCGGUCAACACUCAGCUCGUCCUCUAUCUACUUGCCACCGCCAUUCCUCGCACUGUGGAGGUUUAUCCCACCUCCUCCUCCCCCGCCUAUCACCACCACAUCAAUACCAUCACAAUGCCACUAACAUUACCCACCACUCUGGGCAUCAAUGGCCUUCUCAUUCCACUGGAACCUCUAACUCCUUCAACAUUCUCACCAUUCGGCACAGCGAUCACCGGUCCAUUACCAGACCCGCGGAAAAUGAACAAGCCCCCCGUCUCAGCCAGCGAAAUCCCACCACCAUUACACGCCCCCCAUCAACCACAAGCCACACUGGCAAACCAAAACUCGGCAUUGAAGACAUCGCCCAUUUCCGUCUUUCAGAACUCGUACCCUUCAUCGUCUGCGAAUGGAACUUCUCAGGAUCUCCGGAAACCAUCGUCGUGGCCGCAAAUGAGUAUGUUUUCAUGUUUUCCGCGCAACCUUAGUGGGAUUGGAAUGGAUGUUCCAGAUGGACAGGGCCGUGUCGGAGCAGCUUCGAGGGAUGUGUUUCGUGUUUCGAUCCUUGAGCGUCAUCCGUAUACGACGCAGACGUUUGUGCCGCUUGGAUUGGCUGCAGAGACUGACUCUGGGGAUGUGGAUGCCGAUGUCGGUAGCCACGAUGACGACGGCAAUGACACCGUCUUCCUCGUCAUCGUCGCCCCGACCUUAACCUCUCCUCUUCCAGCCGCAAGUCCUCCCUCUUCUCUGUCGCCAUCCUCACCACCUGACCCCUUAGUAAUCCCACAAUCAUCAACCAUCACCACCACCACAAACAAUCCACCCGACUUAAGCCGAAUCCGGGCCUUUGUAGCCCGCGGCGACCAAGCCGUCACGUACGGAGCAGGAACAUGGCAUGCACCUAUGGUGGUACUGGGAUCGCGCAGAGUCGAUUUCGUCGUCACACAGUUUGUCAACGGUGUGCCUGACGAUGAUUGUCAGGAAGUUCUCCUGGGUGACAACCUAGUCAAGGUGGAUGUGACGAGUAUUUCAAGGAAGCAGCCUUCUUCAUCGACACAGAAAGACAGCACAGCGGACGAAAAUCAUGGACUUUGGAGUAUGGGCCGACCGUCAAGACCGAAGCGAAGGUUGCACGUGAAGCCAAAAUUGUGAUUUCUAAAAUGUACCUCGCGUCAAUUCAUUUAGUGACUUGGGAGGAAAGGAAGAUGAUCUUGUUUUUGUGAGUAAAGGGAUUGGAAAUUAGGUGUAUAGAGAGAGAGAGAAAUCCGCCGGAUGCGGAUGAGGGUUUAUCUUUUAGAUAGACAGCGUUGGGAUAUAUAUCGGUGGUAGUGGUCAUCACCACGCAUGACCAGCCAAUUCAACCACGAGCAUAAGCCGCCGAGGUAGAC